CUUACCAAGUUUCAAUCACAAAUCCGAGAAGUUUUCAAACCCCCGAUAAAAAUACAAGUACAAAGACCUUAUUUGGUGCAUCUGCAAACAGCAUUGACAUGGCUCAUGGAUUCAGCGACUGCUGGGUCCCUACUGACCCCGACGUAGAGCAUGAUGGAGGCCACACACACAACCAAGUCUGGUGUCGAUGCGCACAUAGUGAAGGCGGCCACGGUUAUUCCUGGCAAUGGGAGGCCACAGGACAGUCGGAUGCUUUGGUCACUGAUAGGAACAUCCUUUUUCAUUCUACCGGUAGAAAUUACACUACCAUUGUAAAAGGAAAACAGUCCCUGGAACCGGGCAUGGUGCAUUAUUGGGAGAUGUGUGUUACCUCUCGUAUAUUCCGCCCAGAUGUGGUGCUUGGUAUCGGUACGCAGAACGUUAGCCUUGGACAGUGUGCCAUCAGAAAUGUUUCGGCUUUGGGUAGCAAUGAUCAUUCCUGGGGUCUCACGUUUUCCGGACGGAUUCAACACUGCGGCGAGCAGCUGCCCUACUGGCAAAAUAUCCCCCAUGGCUGUCUAAUUGGAGUCUACUUGGAUCGUUCUCGAGGCCACUUGGAGUUUUACAUAAACCGAAAGGGAUUAGGAGUGGCCUACACCAAUGUGCCCGUGGAUCCGAGCGUAAAGAUAUAUCCAAUGGUCUGCUCCACGGGACCGAUAACUGCGAUAAGGCUUAACAACUGUACGUCUGUGCAGGAUACCUUACAGCUUCGAUCCUUUCAGGCAUUGGCAAAGAAGCAACCGGAUCAGGUCUCCAUACUUCGCCAAAUUCCGGGAUUCAGGGCGAUCCUUAAAUCCUACUGGUUUCUGUAUCUCUUAUUUCAUUACUUCGAAUAACCUGGAUUUUCUUCAA